AUGUCGAAAUUCGGUGUCCUUGUUAUGGGCCCUGCAGGUGCAGGUAAAACAACUUUCAGUAAUGCUGUGAUUCAACACCUCCAAACCACUCGUCGCAGCUGUUUUUAUGUCAAUCUUGACCCCGCCGCCGAAACAUUUGCCUACGAACCAGAUCUCGACAUUCGUGAUCUAAUUACAUUAGAAGAUGUGAUGGAAGAGAUGGGGCUGGGACCUAAUGGUGGUCUUAUCUACUGUUUCGAGUUUCUUCUUCAGAACCUGGAAUUCAUAUCAGAGGCGAUAGAGCCACUGAGUGAAGAGUAUCUCAUUAUUUUCGAUAUGCCUGGCCAGAUCGAACUUUAUACCCACAUUCCUCUCCUGCCAGCCCUUACGCAAUUCCUCUCCCGGCAAGGGCCAUUGAACAUCAACAUGUGCGCCGCCUACCUCCUCGAAAGCACAUUUGUCAUCGACAAAGCCAAAUUCUUCGCCGGUACACUCAGUGCCAUGUCCGCAAUGCUGAUGAUGGAAAUGCCGCACGUCAAUAUUCUCAGCAAAAUGGAUCAGGUCCGCGAUAUGGUAUCUCGCCGAGAAUUAAAACGUUUCACAAAUGUGGAUGUUCAAUUGCUGCAAGAGCAGGAAGAGGACGAUCUCACCGCCAGUUCCAACCCCAUGGGCACGGAAGCUUUGAUGAGCGGUGGAUCUUUUAAACAACUCAACCGGGCCGUUGGACAAUUGAUUGACGACUUCAGCAUGGUUUCGUUCCUACAACUCGAUGUUCAAGAUGAGGAUAGCGUUGCGGCCAUUGUUAGCCACAUUGACGAUGCCAUCCAAUACCAUGAGGCCCAGGAACCAAGAGAGCCCAAAGAUGCAGUCGAAGUCGACUACGAGACUGAGUGA